UGAAAGCGAACGGGGCGACCCAUAAAAAAUAAAAAAACAAAACAAAACAUAACUGAAACAAGGUAAAAUAAAACGGAAUGUUUUCUCCGGAAAAAGUACGUUCACAUAACGCAUAUUCGUUCGUAUAUUGUCGUGUUCAUAAUUAUACUGUAAUACUAUCAUUGUCGUAGUCGUCAUCGCGAAAAACGAAUAAUUUAUACGUGAUUAUUACGGUUAUAUAUAAAUGUGUAAUUUAUACAAAUCGACCUGCAGUGUAUAUCUGUUUACUUAUCGUCGUUCUCACGCGCGUUUCUCGAACAGCAAAUUUUGUAAGACGAUCGAACGGCACGCGCUAAGUAACUUCGUGUGAUUUCAUCGUAAUUUCCGCCGGUUAACCGUACCGCGUGCGAAAACCCUUAAUAGCGGCGGCGGUGGCGACGGUGGCGACGACACAACGACGCGACAGGACAAGAUCAGAACUCGGCGGCGUCACUCUUUCACCGACUACACCCCGAUAAACUGGCAUCGUGUAUCAUGUCUUCCGUCUACAACUACGUGAAUCGUUCUGUUUGGUAUUUUGGUGAACCAAUUAGUACUUACAAGUGUUUUGUGUAAUGGGAAAAUGAUGCUUGGAGGAUGGGGUCGAAGUCCUGGGAGCAGUGGAUCCGUCCCGCCGUCAGGACAACGUACUGGUCACCGACUAUUGCCAUUGCCAUUCAACAGAUCAGGAGGCGGCAGUGGAAGCGGCGGAAGCGGUGGUAGAGCUGCCGAAGCUGAAGAUGUCAUGGGACAUUAUGGAAGAAAUAAAGGCGGUGUAAACAAAAUACGAACGGGUCUGUAUUAUUCUCCACCAGGUACAUCUUAUACAAUACUCGAAAAGCCACCAGCCGCCUCACCUCCACCACCACCCCCUAGAGCAACAUAUCUAAGGGAAUCAUCAGCUGGCGUAUCUGGACAAAAUCACCCAGGCACUGGUAGCAAUAGUAAUCGUUCUAAUAAUGCCAGUUCACGUGGAAGUUCUGGAAAAAAAAGGCCUAUUUCUCCAGAACAAGUUCUUAAAAUGUUUGCAGCACCCAAUUACAACGCAUCUUCUUCGUAUCAUGUGUCUAACGUUAAACCACAAUCACCUCCACCUCAUGGUUCAAACACAUCGCAACCGCACAACACAUCAUCUACAAUACAUAAUGAUAAUCUUACAGUACGUACGAUAUCGAUGUCAAGACCAAAUGCAACAUCAGGAAGCCCAUCCAACCAAGGAUUUGGUAUUUGUGUUAAAGGAGGUGCAGACGAAUCAAACGUUGGAGUGUAUAUAUCACGGGUAGAAGAAGGAAGUAUAGCCGAGAGUGUUGGUCUUAAGCCUGGAGAUUCAAUUUUAGAAGUAAAUGGGAGGCCAUUUUCAACUAUAUCACAUGAAGAGGCAUUAAAAAUUUUUAAGACAUAUCGUCAAAUUACAAUGACCGUAAAAUGUCCAUCGCCACCUCAAUCAAUGCCCGUCAUGCACAAAAAGGACGACGAUGAGAACACUAAUCAAGACGAUGCGUGGGGAUUGACCAGAACGUAUUCAUGGAUUAAUCGUAAAGGUCAACCAGUCUCACCUCCAUUAGAAUAUGCCAAACCCAUUUCUCCUUACUCAAAAUGGUCCUAUACUCGUUCAUCCAAAGAUAAAAUAAGAAAAGUUGAAUUGGUGAUUGAACCAGGACAAAGUCUUGGUUUGAUGAUUAGAGGCGGAACUGAAUAUAAUUUAGGUAUUUUUAUAACUGGUAUCGAUAAAGAUUCUGUUGCAGAUCGAUCUGGACUUAUGAUUGGUGAUCAAAUUUUGGAAGUAAAUGGUCAAUCUUUUUUGAAUUUAUCACACGAUGAAGCAGUAAAUCAAUUAAAAUUUCAAAAGCAAAUGACACUUACUGUGAGAGAUGUCGGUAAAGUUCCUCAUUCAUGCACAACAUACAAUCCAGAUACAAAUUGGAAUCAUUCCAUAGACAAUGCAGACGGUGCUUUGAAGUUAGGGACAUCUGCUGCAUCUCAAAUGGUAGAGGAAAAAGCUCGAAUUUUGCUGACGAAAAAUGAAUUUAAUACUUUACGGUAUUAUUUGGACGAGUAUUCGUGUUCUCGAAUGUCUAUUGACGCAUUUAUAACUAUACUUUUCGAAUUGCUCAAUACAACUGAUAAGUUUACGCUGUUGACGGAAUUGCGCGAACUAAUAGGUCCCUCAGAUCGAGACCGUUUUGAUCAAUUGGUAUAUAGAAGAGGACGGGAAUCCAGAAAAACACACUCCCGAAAACUUGAUGGUUUUAAUUCAAAUAUACCUGGAGGUCAAAAUAAAGGAUUUGAUUUCCCUAAUGAAAAUUCUGGGAUGGAUAUUGGGACUACCGAGUAUUCAAAUUCAAAUUAUAGGACUAGCAAUGAUAGAAAAUCUGAAGGAAAACAUUCUCCGAUGAAAACUGAUGAACAGUCGCAUAAGGAUAUGGAAGUCGAAGAAUUCGAAUUUAGCCAUCAAGAUUAUGGUGACUUGGAAACUGAGCUUUUACCAAGAAAAUAUCAUAACGAUUUGAUUGAUGUUGGUUAUUCGCAUCGAAAUUCAGGCAUUUAUGAUGAAUCUAAUAUGACUAGGUCGUCGAGUGGAUACUUGGAGGGACUGCGAUCCCACUUAGGGGGAUGGACCCAAAAAUUGAAAUCCUGGUACUAUGGAAGUUCUCUACAAUUAUCAAACAAACACGGGCGGUCAUACGAUGGUAAAAAUGAAUUGUUGGAUGAGGAUGGAAGUUACCGAAGAGAAAGUGGUUUUAUAGAAUCAUCGUGUUCCAAUAAUAUACAAAACGAAUCUCAGAUAAUGUUGGAUCAACAAGGCAAUCUUCGUAUAAUUGUUAAAAAGAUUAAACCAUUACUCGGGAUUGCAAUUGAAGGUGGAAUCAACACAAAACAUCUUCUUCCAAGGAUAAUAAAUAUACAUGAAAAUGGGGCUGCAUACGAAGCUGGUGGUCUUGAAGUCGGCCAGUUGAUCUUAGAAGUCGACGGUCAAAAAGUAGAAGGAAUGCCUCAUCAAGAAGUAGCUAGGCUCAUCGCAGAAUCUUUUGCACAAACUGACAAAUCCGAAAUCGAGUUUCUUGUAGUUGAAGCAAAGAAAUCGAAUUUAGAACCAAAACCUACCGCAUUGAUAUUUUUAGAAAGUUAACCAGUUGAAAAAACAGCUAUUGAUAACAAAAAUCCCUAUUUAUUAAGUUCAGAGAUAGACUCCAAUAACGUGACGACUAUUAAUAAACUAAUUGGAAACAUACAAAAUGUUUGUUUAAAUACAUUUAUUUGUAUGAUUCAUUUUAUUUAUC